UGAUUAUCAUAAGAUUUACAAGACCGAAAUGAGCACUAAUUUGGGACAAUUUUGUAACAUUCGGUUUUGCAACGAAUUAAUUCAAGCCUAACCUUGAAGGAUUGCCGUCAGCGCUGCUUGAAAUUCGGAUAUUGCCAACAUGAUAAGGAUCAGGAUAUUUAAUUAUCACAAAGCCAAAUUAUGCCUUACAAUAAUUAUUACAACUUCCAUUAUGUACGUGUUCCUUCAAACCAUAGCGAUACAUAAUGUCGUGUAUAGAGAACAAAAUGUAAUAGCAAUAGAAGCUGAACAUGAGGACCAGAACGUAAAAGAAUGGAUAGAUUCAAGAACAAAUUUAAAAAACCUUUCUAAAUUGGGUAGAAUUCUUUUUAUGGGAGAUAACCCACCAACAAUACAAGGCAAUCAACAACAUCAAAUACUACUGUGGAAAUACGGUCCCACAAUCGAGAAAAGAUUAAUGAAACACUACACAAAAGACAGGAUAGAUCCAUUUCGACACUGUUCGGUUAGCAAUUGCGAUAUAACCUAUGAUGAUUCAGCUCUAAACACUGCAGAUUUAGUGAUAUUUCAUUUACAUCGGACGAAAAGCCUAAAAGAAUUGCCAGGAAAACGGGGAAAGGAAGGCCAAAUUUGGGCCUUUCUAACCGAUGAAAGUCCCUAUCACACGUUCAUGGGGAGAAAUACACUUACUGAUCAGGGGAAAAAGAUAAAUAUAACCAAUUUCAACGGUAUAUUUAACUGGUCUAUGUCUUACAGACAUGACUCGGAUAUACCAGUACCAUACGGAAGGACUGUACUCAAAAACAAUCUUACAAACGCUUGGAUAAACAUGAAGCGAAGAGAUGUCUUAGCCGCCAUUAUGAUAUCGAACUGCAGAGCCCCCAAUAAUAGAUUAGAGUAUGUAAAGGAAUUGCAGAAUUUCAUGAAAGUAGACGUGUACGGCAAUUGCGGCCCGUUAAAGUGCCCCGGUCACUAUUCGAAAGACUGCCCUUUACUAGACGAUUAUUUGUUUUACUUAUCGUUCGAAAACUCCAAUUGCGAGGAAUACAUUACGGAAAAAUUGUGGUGGAACGCCUUCAACAAAAACGCCAUUCCUGUUAUCAUGGGAGGAAGUACCGAGAGCUACAAAAUGCUACUACCCCCUAAGUCCUUCGUACACGUGGACGAUUUCGCUAACCCUGCUUCGCUGGCACAAUUCCUUUUGAGAUUGAACAAAACCGGUGAAUACAUGAAUUAUUACGGUUGGAAGUACAAUUUCGAAGUGCUCAACGAACACGGUUACUUCCAAAGCGACGUGUUUCACUAUUGUCGCGCAUGCGAGGCUUUGAAUUACAAUGAUAGGAGCCCUAAAGUUUACACGAACUUGGAGGAGACUUGGGAUUAUAAUAAAGUCUGCCGUCCCGCUUGGAACUCGGAUUAGACUUGUUUGUAUUGAUGGAAUUUGUACUUAAUUGAAUUGUGAGUUUAAAUAAAGCUGCAAAGACUGAA